UAUGAAAAUGAAAAGAAAAAGUUGUGUUAGUGUAUAUGGCAUUUGUGAAUAAUUGAUUGCUAUGUGUUGAGCGUCUUUUAGGGUGUUUAUUUCAAAAUAUUCUUGAACCUGCAAUCAACCGUACACAUUAUUGGAUGAUAGUGUAAUCAUCCAUAGCUAUAGGCUACAGUUUGUGUUGCUUUUACUGAAACAUUUAACAUACACAUGCAGACACACCUCAGACACAAGGAGGAGGAGCUUCUUUUUCUCUCACUCUUUCUAACGGAUAGAAAGGAAGAAAAAACAAAUAUGGUUUCUGAAAACUCACUCUCUUCUUCCAAGCACUCUUCUACUACCACUACUCCUAAAUUUUGCAACUCUUACACUACUAGGAUUUUUGCUGAUGUUGCUGGUGACAUUACAAUUGUUGUUGAUGGGGAGUCAUUUCUGCUUCACAAGUUUCCCUUGGUUACCCUAAGUGGAAAGAUUCGGAAGAUGGUUGCUGAAGCCAACAAGGGUUCAAGUGUUUCAAAUUUGGAGCUUCCCAAUUUUCCAGGAGGACACCAGACAUUUGAACUUGCGAUGAAGUUCUGUUAUGGUAUGAAUUUCGAGAUAACAACAUUUAAUGUUGCCCGACUACGUUGUGCAGCCGAGUACCUAGAAAUGACAGAAGAAUACCGGGAUCAAAACCUCAUCUCAAGAACAGAUAUUUAUCUGAGUGAGAUUGUCUUUCAAAAUCUUCAGAGGUCAGUGGAAGUUCUAUCUACCUGUGAAAUGUUACCUCUAAAUAUGGUGGAGGAGAUAGAAAUCGCAAAAGGAUCUGUGGAAGCUAUUGCAAUGAAUGCUUGCAAGGAGCAAUUAGUUUCUGGUUUAUCUAAAUUACACUGUGAUGGUGAAUCUAAGGAAAUAAAGGAUGAGUGCGUAGCAUGGUGGAUUGAAGAUCUCUCGAUACUGCGUAUCGAUUUCUACCAGAGAGUUAUAUGUGCCAUGGGAAGAAUGGGGGUUAGAUCAGACAAUAUUAUUGCUUCACUGAUGCAUUAUGCUCAAACGUCACUGAAGGGUAUUGGAAAGUGUCAAUUAUGGAAUCAAUCAAGGACAAAUUCAAGUCCAACCACUAUAGAAAAGGACCAGAGGGCAAUUGUUGAAACUAUUGUCAACCUCAUGCCAACAGACAAAAUCUCUUCCAUUAUUCCCCUGACUUUCUUGUUUGGCAUGUUAAAGAUGGCUAUCAUGUUAGGUGCCACCAUUCCAUGUAGGCUUGAGCUUGAAAGAAGGAUAUCAUUAAGGUUGGAAAUGGUUUCACUUGAUGAUCUUCUUAUACCAUCUCUGCAGAGUGGAGACUCCUUGUUUGACGUGGAUACAGUUCACAGGCUACUAGAGAAUUUCUUGCAGCGGAUUGAAGAGGAAGAAGCGGAAGACUACGGAUAUGAAUCCGAUGGGAUUGGUUCUAAUGGGCAUGGUUCUCUGCUAAAAGUAGGUCAGCUUAUUGAUGCUUUUUUAGCAGAAAUUGCUCCUGAUCCUUGCUUAAGUCUACAGAAAUUCAUCGCAUUGAUUGAGAUACUUCCUGAUUAUGCUCGUGUCAUUGAUGAUGGUCUUUAUAGAGCCAUUGACAUUUAUUUGAAGGCCCAUACAGCAUUAACAGAACAAGAAUGCAAGAAACUUUGCAAAUUUAUAGACUGUCAGAAGCUGUCACAAGAAGCAUGCAACCAUGCUGCACAGAAUGACAGGCUUCCACUGCAGAUGGUGGUACAAGUCUUGUAUUUUGAGCAGUUGCGCUUGAAAAAUGCCGUGUCGGGGAGUUCAGGAGAUGGGCUGCUAUCACAGAGAAUGAGUAGCGGUGUUCCGAGUGCAGCCAUGUCUCCUAGGGACAACUACGCAUCACUGCGGAGAGAGAAUCGAGAAUUGAAGCUGGAGAUUUCAAGAUUGAGGGUGAGGCUGAGUGAGUUGGAGAAGGAGCAAAUGUUCAUGAAACAAGGCAUGAUUGAUAAAGCAGAAAAUGGAAAAACUUUCUUUACCUCACUUUCUAAGGGGAUAGGAAGAAUUGCAAAUUUUAGCAGUCAAGGUGGAGGAAAGCGCCAAAAAGCAAGUAGGAAGUCUCGGGGAACAGAGGGGAAAAAUGGCAGGAGUAGGAGAUAUUCUCUCUCAUAGGUAUUGCUCUUCUUAGUUAGAAGUUUUCACAGCACCCGCUAUUAUUUCUACCUUUUCAGGUGACCAUCACGAUGUGUAAAUGAGUUGGUCAAAUGUUUCUCUUCAUCUUUGGUUCUUAGUUUCACAAUUGAACUUGAAUGUUACCACUCUUCAUAGUCCCUGCAAUCUCAGACGAUUCCAGAUGCACAGAGACACUGCUUGCCGCAGUGGCUGCCAACAGGAAGCAUCAUGAAACAUUACAUUACAAGUUGCGGAGCAUGGCCUAGUCGCAGAGGCAUAACACCUCCAUUCCUUUCUAUUGGCGCCCUCAAAAUGAUACAAUGUAUUUGUCAAACUUGCUCCUUAUGUUGCUAGGAAAGAAAAAUGUAAUAUGCAACAAAAUACUCAGAAAUGGCUCGCCGUGCAUUUAAAUUUCCUUAACUUCCCAGACAGCAAUACAAAUCUUAGUUUGAGUCGCGGAAGCGAAUGAUGCGAUCAGUAA